CUCGCUUGCAAAAGGUCGUGAUGCCGUAUUUGUCCCGAUCGGGGAUAUACAGCUUUGUUGCCCGAUUUGGGCUGGGGGGGGCUAUGCUGAUCAACCUUCCGCACAAGUUAAACAAUUCUUAGGCACAAAUACUGGUUCAGCUUACCCGGCUACCUCUACUGUGGAGGUUCAUUUCGCAGUGCUCGCGCUGAUUCAAGUGCUGUGGACGAUAUAAAAGCCCCCAGGGUCUCGUUACGGCACACCUCUUUACAAUCAUGCCCUCUGACGACCAUAAUAUCCCCGCCAUCGUCACUACCGACCUUUCGCUCGACGUCUCUGAUGACCAUGCCCCCCCACGUCUCACUUUAUCCCCCGCUCAGGCCCUCUCCCCCUCGGACGGCCUUUUGUCUCCUCGUACUCCGUCGGUAGCCACUCGCGGGUCUCUAGACGUCCUUCCCAGCUCCCCCACUCACACAGACGAUGGUUCUUCCAUCAUGACACCGCCCUCCCCAACCCUUUCCAAUCACUCUUCUGUGCAUUUUCAGCCGAACACGACACUGUCUCUGCGCGAAAACAAGCCCGAGCCCAGGAAUCAGAGCCUGCUAUUGUCCCCCGAUACACCACUGUCCCAUCAACGCAAGCCGAGCAACGCCACGACAAUAAGCGACGUGACAGAGGCGGACCAUUCUCCGAACGCCCUUCGUUCGGUAAAGUCAUAUGCCACGAGCGAGACGCGUGUGCCCUCGCCUUCUGCCUCGCAUGCUAAACGCGGCACGGUUGAUUCUGAAGCCGCGAGAGGCAGGCGGGCGAAACCAGAGGGCUCUGAUGAGGACGAUGAGGAAGAGAUGCAAGCACUUGAGGCUGACGGCGAUCCAGCACCAUUUAGAUUUCAUGCGAAUGCGUUGGCGAUGCUGCCAGACUCAAAGGAUCUGGACCAACUGACCAGUAUGGGUGGCAUAACUGGGCUACUGGAAGGGCUAGCUACAAACGAGUUCACUGGCCUGGUCGACGCGUCCCUUGGAUCUGGCGACGGCCGGCCUGGCGCGGGCAAUGGAGCUUCACCACGUCAUGAUCCAGAGAAGGGUCUAGUGCCGGAGAUCACCCUCACCGAUCCCGAGGGCGAGCGCUCCGAGAACUGGAACUCAAGUGCCGCAUUCGCCGCGCCCAUGGAUAUCCGCCACCAGGUGUACGGGCAGAACGUCCUUCCCUCGCGAAAGAGCAAAUCUUUGCUCUCGCUCAUGCUUGCUGCGCUUAUGGAUAAGGUUCUCAUUCUGCUCUCCAUCGCCGCGGUGGUCUCGCUCGCAUUGGGCCUGUUCCAGGAUUUCGGGACGACCAGGCCGGCAGGACAGCCUCCGGUUGACUGGGUUGAAGGUGUCGCCAUCAUGGUGGCGAUUGUGAUCGUGGUUGUGGUUGGAUCCGUUAAUGACUGGCAAAAGGAACGGCAGUUCAAGGCCCUCAACGAUAAGAAAGAACAGCGCGGCGUGAAGGUGAUACGAGGCGGUGAAGAGAUGCUCAUCGACAUCAAGCAAGUCGUUGUCGGCGACAUCGCUCUCGUCGAACCAGGCGAGAUCCUGCCUUGCGAUGGCGUGUUCCUCAGCGGCCAUAACGUGAAAUGCGACGAGUCCGGUGCCACGGGCGAAUCCGAUGCGAUAAAGAAACUUUCCUACGACGAUUGCAUGCGGCUGCGGGGCACCGACGGAGCCGCGCAUACCGACUGCUUCCUCCUGAGCGGCAGCAAGGUUCUAGAGGGCGUUGGCAGAUAUGUUGUGGUGGCUGUGGGCACCAAGAGUUUCAACGGUAGGAUUAUGAUGGCUAUGCGAGGAGAAGCCGAGAACACUCCUUUGCAAACGAAACUUAACGCCCUUGCCGAAUUGAUCGCGAAAUUAGGCGCUGCAGCCGGUAUCAUCCUGUUCACGGCGCUGAUGAUCCGAUUCUUUGUGCAGCUCGGCCAGAACAACCCGCCCAGGACUGCAAACCAGAAGGGCAUCGCUUUUGUGAACAUCCUCAUUAUCGCUGUGACUAUCGUGGUGGUUGCUGUGCCCGAAGGUCUGCCACUCGCUGUGACGCUGGCUCUUGCAUUCGCCACGAAACGCAUGACGUACGAAAAGCUUCUCGUCCGGAUCCUCGGCUCCUGCGAGAUUAUGGCUAACGCUUCUGUUAUCUGCACGGACAAGACCGGAACCCUUACCCAGAAUGUGAUGAGGGUUGUGGCGGGGUCGGUCGGGAUCAAUGCCAAGUUUGUGCGUCGCCUGGAAGAGAACAGUGCGCGGGAGAAUACCGGAGAGCGCAAACACCCGAACGACUUCUCGCUCGAUCAGUCCCAGCUCAACACUGUCGUCAGCCCCCAGCUUCGGGAGCUGUUCAACGAAGCGAUUGCCGUGAACUCGACUGCUUUCCAGGACAAGGACCCCGAGACCGGCGAGCUCAUCUUUGUCGGGAGUAAGACCGAGACCGCGCUUCUGCAGUUUGCGCAGGAACUGGGCUGGACGGAUUUUAAGACGACGCGCAAUUCGGCAACAGUGCUGCAGAUGAUCCCCUUCUCGAGCGAGCGCAAGGCCAUGGGUGUGGUGGUCAAGACGCGCAGCGGAAGGAUCCGGGUGUUCUUCAAAGGCGCAAGCGAGAUUUUGUCGAAACGGUGUGUAUCGCACGUCGUGGUGAGCAAAGACGGGGCCUUUUCUGGCGAUGGAGUCGAGACGGGGCCGAUCGACGAACUGGCGAACGAUAAUAUUUCACGGACCAUCAUUUUCUAUGCCAACCAGAUGCUUCGGACGAUCGCACUGUGCUAUCGGGAUUUCGACUCGUGGCCGCCCCCAGGACUCGACCAUGAUGACCAGGGCGAGAUUCCGUUCGACGAGCUGGCGAAGGAUCUGACGCUGAUUGGCAUCGUCGGUAUCGAGGACCCGCUGCGGCCUGGGGUGGUCGAAGCUGUGGCUAAAUGCCAUAAAGCGGGCGUGACGGUGAAAAUGUGCACUGGAGACAAUGUGCUCACGGCUCGUUCGAUCGCGACCCAAUGUGGCAUCUUUACACCCGGCGGAGUGAUCAUGGAGGGCCCUGUGUUCCGGAAUCUGACGCCUAGUGAGAAGAUUGAGAUUGUGCCUCGGCUGCAAGUUCUCGCUCGCUCUUCUCCUGAAGACAAGCGUGUUCUGGUCGACACUCUCAAGCAACUGGGCGAGAUCGUCGGUGUGACUGGGGAUGGAACGAACGACGGGCCCGCGCUGAAGACGGCCAAUGUUGGUUUCUCGAUGGGCAUUGCCGGCACAGAAGUUGCGAAAGAGGCGUCGGACAUUAUUCUCAUGGACGAUAACUUUGCGUCGAUUGUGAAGGCGAUCAUCUGGGGUCGGUGUGUAAACGACGCGGUGCGCAAGUUCCUGCAGUUCCAGGUGUCGACGAACAUCACUGCUGUCAUCAUCACCUUCGUGUCUGCUGUUGCCUCGACGUCCGAGUCUUCAGUCCUGUCCGCUGUGCAGCUGCUUUGGAUCAACAUCAUCAUGGAUACGUUCGCUGCUCUGGCGUUGGCGACCGACCCUGCGUCUGAGUCUCUGCUGGACCGGAAGCCCGACAACAAGACGGCGCCUCUGUUCUCGACGGAAAUGUACAAGCAGAUCUUCUUCCAGUCCGCGUACCAGACCGUGGUGACCCUCAUCUUCCACUUCCUCGGCCACCAAAUCCUUGGGCUGCAUGCGUCGUCCAUUGCUUCUGUCACACGAACGAACGAUCUCACCGUGCAGACCUUGGUCUUCAACACGUUUGUUUUUGCACAAAUCUUCAAUUCCGUCAACUGCCGACGGCUCGAUCGCAAGCUGAAUAUCUUCGAGGGCAUGUCGAGAAACUGGUAUUUCAUCGUAAUCACGCUGAUUGAAAUCGCUGUGCAGGUCUUGAUCGUCUUCAUCGGUGGAUCUGCGUUCCAGGUGACUCGGAUCGGUGGCCGCGAGUGGGGCAUCUCGCUCGCCCUGGGUGUGGUCUCCAUCCCGCUGGGCGUUUUCGUCCGACUGCUGCCGACGGCGCCGUUUGAAAAGGUGUUCGAUCGACUUGGCCUGCUCGGACGUGCACAGGACAUUUUGCCGACGACGGCUACUGGUCCCGACAAUGUGGGCUGGAACGCCUUUACCGAAGUCAGAGACAACCUCAGCACCUUCGCCAACCUGCGUGGUGGGCGUGUCCGGUCAUCCUCGUUUGUUAUCAAGAGCCGACCUGCGAGGAUAAGCCAGGACAAAGAACGACCUGUCUCUCUUCUUGCUAUGGCGCCGACGCUCAUGAUGGGCACAAUCGCCGCCAGUCACGCUUGGACGCAGCCAGGCUCACUUUCUGAUCCCACGCAAUCUGACCCAUCCACGUCCUCAGCAGCGUUGUGGGAGGGAAAGCUGCAGCUUCACCCAGCCACGGAGAAGGAUGAUCCAGCGUACAGGCGCUUCGGAGGCAGCCAGAGUCUUGCCGGCAAGCCUGAUCUGUCGUCAUCACCAUUGUCGUAGUAGAGUUCUAGAUAACGUAUUCUAAUGCUGAUAAUACAUCUCAGACGCUUGUCUCCUGCCGUCCGCCCAGAACACUGAUCACUUGCUCGUAGACUGUGAAUACGAUUCCGCCGCUGAGCUGCAGAUCGUUGGAAGUUGGAUCACUCGGCUACAAAGAAAAAACAUACCACAAGUCGGGUCAGACGAGGCGUUGUUCCUGUCCAGAAACGGAGGAUGCCUUCUUCCGUAAAGAUCCUGUAUGCGCAGUGGAACGAGUUGGAGUACUGCGCCCGCGCCUCCAGUGUCUGCAUCCGCGUCUUGAUCACGCUGACGACAGCCUCAAUACGAGUCACCAAAAAAAAAACAUGGGACACACUCUAAAGGCAUCGUCGUGUAAACCGUCACCAGCCCUGCGAUCGCCCCAAUCCCGAACGUGAUGGUCGUCGGCAGCGUUUGGCCAGGCCGGGCCGCACCCUGCGCAAACUGCUUGAGGGUCGAGUACGUCGUGAAGCGGAUGGCGGAGUUGGCGCCCUGGCGCAUCAUC